CUAUCGACGCUCUGCCGCAUCGGCUAGGGUUUUCACUAUCAUUUUUCUUCCCGUAGUCAUCAUCGUUGCAGUGUUCUGUGAGAUCUAUCCAUCCAUCCAUGGAGUUUAGCAAUUUGUAGGGUUUCGUGGUUGCUGUUACGGUCGUAAACGUAGGGUUUUGUCUGAGAGUUGUUGUAGCUACAACAACAAGUAAUGGCAACCACAAACCCUUUCGAUCUCUUGGGCGAUGACGACAACGACGACCCCUCUCAGCUUGCUUCUCAUCUGCUCAAGCUCGCGCCUGCUAAGAAAUCCUCAGCGCCUCCUCCUCAGGCCGCUCCUGCGCAGCAGGCUAAGCCGGCUAAGUUGCCCUCUAAGCCUCUUCCCCCGGCUCAGGCUGUGAGGGAAACAAAGAAUGAAGUUGGGCGUGGAGGCGGCCGUGGCGGUGGACGUGGUUAUGGACGUGGACGUGGUGGAGCUGGAUUGAACAGAGACUCAUUCAAUAAUGAAAGUACACUUAACAACAGUGAUGGAUUCUCUGGAGGGUACAGACCAUCUGAAGAGGGCGAUACAGGCAAAUCCUCUGAAAGGCGUGGUUCUGGUGGACCUCGUUCUCCUUACCGUGGUGGUGGUCGUCGUGGUGGUUUUAGCAAUGGAGAGGUUGGGGAGGGGGAACGUCCCCGUAGGGCAUAUGAACGCCGAAGUGGAACUGGGCGUGGAAAUGAGAUUAAGCGUGAUGGAGCUGGUCGAGGGAACUGGGGAACUCCUGCUGAUGAGAUUGCUCCGGAGAAUGAAGAACCUAUCAAUGAAACUGAGAAGAAUACAAGUGCUGAGAAGCAGUUGGGAGAGGAAAUUGCUGCAGAUGCCAACAAGGAGAAUCCUGUUAAUGAAUCAGAGGAGAAGGAGCCUGAGGAUAAGGAGAUGACUCUUGAAGAGUAUGAGAAAGUACUUGAGGAGAAGAGGAAGGCUCUACUUGCACUGAAGACUGAGGAGAGGAAGGUUGACGUCAAAGACUUUGAAGCCAUGCAACAGCUUUCAAGCAAGAAGGAUAAUGAUGAUGUCUUCAUUAAGCUGGGUUCUGAAAAGGAUAAACGCAAAGAGCUUGCUGACAAAGAAGAGAGAGCCAAAAAGUCUGUCAGCAUAAAUGAGUUCCUGAAGCCAGCUGAAGGGGAGAGGUACCAUGGUGGUCGUGGUAGGGGUCGUGGCCGUGGUACAAGAGGAGGAUUUGCAGGCAACACCUACAACAAUGUGGCUGCUCCAUCCAUUGAAGAUCCUGGGCAGUUCCCUACAUUGGGUGGCAAGUGAGAUGUCAGCUCUUGCAGCCUGCUGCUCCUGCUCGAUGUCUCUUAGGUUUCUGCUUGUUUGAGAAUUCGUUCUUGUGAUCGGGAGUGGCAGGAUUUCAACAGGAAUAAAGGCAUUUCCUGUAUUAAAAUUUAAAACCAUUUUAACCGUUAUGUCUUUUGAGUGUAAAUUUUAGAUGUUUCUCCAUAGGCUUACUGCCUAUGGUUUCCUUGACUUUUGACAUGCAUGCUUACAUCUUUUCCUUUUUUCCUUUUCUUUUUCCCUUUAAAAUUAGGGCAUAUGGGCUGUUUUCAUAUCUUGGAAUUAAUGGCAUCAGUUUUGAUUUUGGAGUUA